UCACUCUCACUCACUCAUUCUCAAUGUCAUACACUACUACUACCCGGGAGAGCGUCGCUUUCAUACGAUCACUACACGCUUCACUUGCUUGCUCACCACACUAUGCGCUUGACAGCGGUACUAACGGCGCUGGUGCUUUCGCACCACCCACCAGAGGGAGCCACCGAUCGGCACUGUGAAGCGAACGCGCGCAAAAUUGUGCACCGGUUUUAUCCACUGCGUCACUGCCAGCGAUCGAAUCGUACCGUGAUCGGGCUCGUUAAUGUACAAUCCGUACGCGAGUGUGCUGACUACGCGCGUGAUAAGCAGGGGCUGGCGUUUAACUUUGCGCCGGUAAAGCGCAACAGCACCAACUGGUACGAUGUGGUUAGAGAGCGGGAGCAAAAUCAAUCGACCGUAUCGUCAUGGAAACCGGCGCCACCGCGCGUUGCUUCGUUUGGGUUUGAAGAUUUCUACAACUGCCACGUACUCGACUGUCCCGAGUAUCGGAACCUGUCGACGAUUGUCAACGACACGCGGUUCGAUUACUACACGCUUUAUGCGCGACUGUUGCCUGCUGGCAAUGCCACCUGUAUACCAUCGAUCGGGAUGUUCCUGUUCGAGGACACGAAGCUAAACUACUCGAAUGCGUACAACGCCUGUGUCAGUGCUGGCGGCAGUCUCGCGCACAUUGCCAGCGAUGCCCGGACGUUUCAGCUGUCUAAGUACAUUGCAAGCCUUCCGGAGACGAAUUAUACGACGAACAACUCCACUGACACCAGCUCUGCAAUUGAGCCACUGUACUAUGUCGGGUUAAACGAGACGGUGAAAAAUCGAUUCUUCACAUCUGCCGACGAGCGGUUGGAUUGUUUCCGCUUUCGCGCGUGGUCUCCUGGCCAUCCAGCGAAUCGCACUUCUCCCAGCUGCGCCGCACUCACCGACGAAGGUUCCUGGAAGGUUUUCAACUGCAAUCGAACCUUACCGUACAUCUGUGAGCUGCACACAUCGGGACCCGCUCUCUACGCACCGAAACUGAAACGAAAAUGCUUCGUCAAGCGUCCCAACAACCGAAUCGCUCCUUCGCGUCGCGUUACAACGUGACAGCACAAAUGAAAGAAACCAUUGCUUAAAUAAGACAUAAAUUUAUUAACUCAUUCUUUUCGGCUCUCGGUGAAGCGAAUCGACUAAUCGAGAACGGCUUCUAGAACGCUUUUCUUUGGCUUUAAAGCUCUGUAUGCAAAACGACGGUCAAAACACGAAAAAACACUGAUUGAUUGAGCAGUGGUACGCUACGCUAAAUAAAUUCAACACGAACACUUCCCGACACAUCGACUCCAAAAACCCACACGAACAGAGCAGCCACACGAUUUUUGUCCUACUUUCUUAACAGCUAUUAUUGAAAUUGAUAAGCGUAUUUUGUUUUGGUUUCAUUGCCGGUUUGCCGCUCCGUCAUUCUGCUACAUGUCAUGUCUUGGGGGGUUUGCUGCUGCUGCUGCUGCUGCUGCUCUCAUAUCUGUGCAGCACGCACACCGUGCUUUAUAAAUAAACACUACUAUAUCGCCACCGAGCCACCGACGCGUCGCUCGUACGGUCGACGAAUGAUUGUGCAGAAACGGGGAUGCUUGGAUUGCAU